AGGCGCAGUAGCUUCUCUGUGCGCUCUACUGUUUGCAUUGUGUCUGAACUGCCGGCGAGCUUUAAAAAUAUUAUACCCACCGCGGCAAUGUCGGGCAGGUCAGUCCGAGCUGAGACCCGGAGCAGGGCGAAAGAUGACAUCAAAAGGGUUAUGGCCGCUAUUGAGAAAGUACGAAAAUGGGAGAAGAAAUGGGUGACGGUUGGAGACACGUCCCUUCGCAUCUACAAGUGGGUGCCGGUGACGGAGCCCAAAUCGGACGACAAGAACAAAAAUAAGAAGAAGGGUAAAGAUGAGAAAUACGGCUCCGAGUUGACGACUCCAGAGAACAGCUCCUCUCCAGGGAUGAUGGACAUGCAUGACGACAACAGCAACCAGAGCUCCAUCGCGGACUCGUCCCCGGUGAAACAGGAAAACAGUUGUAGCACCAGCCCGGCCCCAGAGCCCGCCGCCACGUCUCACCGCGAGAGCAGCGAGGCCAAGACCGACCAGAGCCCGGACAGCAAGAGGGGUAAGACCACACCUUCGUCAGAGACCUCGGAGAGAGGACAAAGUGCCAAGAGAGACAGCCUGUCCUCAGGGGACAAGGACUCCACAGACAGCAAAGCCACUCAGGACCUAGAGGAGGAGGCCCCGCCCAGCAAGAAAAGCAAAUCGGAGUCCUCGUCUCAGGACUUUGAAGAGAGUUAAAUGUUUGGUGCUGAGUCAUCCCUCCCUCCCUCCCUCCCUCCCUCCCUCCCUCCAUUAACUCUAGAUAAUGUAGGGCUAAUGGAUGCACCGGCUCUCCUCUCACUACCCCACCUCCCCUUCUCAAUACCAAAGGGAGAAUGGACGUCCAUCUUCUCC